GCCGCCGCUCACCUCGCUCCACGAAGAAGAACGCGGACUCGGGACGGCGCAGGGGAACAACUCCUCCUGUUUACAACAACACGAUGGAGCCGAGACGGUCGACUGCGAUCCGCAGGCGCGCGUUGCUCGCCGGAUUCACGCUGUGCGCUGUGCUGGUCGCCAAACCCUCGUCUGCCAUCGACAUAUACGCCGACCCUGAGGUGAUGGUCCAGAACGGCACCACGGAGAUCCUGCGCUGCACCUUCAAGUCCAACCAAGUGGUCAGCAGCGCCACCUCGGUGACCUGGAGCUUUCAGUCCAGUCAGCCCGACAAUCAGUUCUUCAAAGCGCCGUACGUGAUUUUCUACUUCUCAAACGGGAUGGGAUUCCCGGGACAGGACGAGUUCAAGGAGCGAGUGCGGUUCAUCGGCGACAUCAACAAGCGGGACGUGUCGCUGCAGCUGAGUCCGGCACAGUUCAGCGACAACGGCACGUUCUUCUGCGACGUGAAGAACCCGCCGGACGUGACGGGGACGCCGGCCCGCACCGAGCUGCGGGUGGUGCUGAGAGAAUCUGGAAGCAAGAUGAUGCUUAUAGUCGGAGGAGUCUGUGCGGCGCUAGCUCUGCUCGUCCUCAUCGCCGUCAGCGCCUGCGUCGUCAUGAGGCUGCGUCACAAACGCCACGAAUAUGAAGGAUGUACGUCCUUGGAAAGCAUGAGCUCUCAGGCUCUGCAGCCACGAAAGAAGGCGGAGUCCGGCCUGGAGGGCUGCAAGAGCACCAUCCCCCUGGGUCCACUACAGGGCCCGGUGAUAUACGCCCAGCUGGAUCACUCGGGCAGCAAAAACUCGUUCCAUAAGAUGGAGCCAGUGGUUUACGCCGACAUCCGUAAAAACUGAAGAGGAACUGGGGACCAAAACAGAAAAAAUAAGAAAAAAAAGAUUAACAGUAAAGUAUCAGACCUCUCUAUCAGCUGCUCUUGGGAAGGGUGGGAAUAUUUCAACAGGGACAUCAUCGGUGCAGUUUUUUUUACAUUUUUUAUUAUUUUUUAAUCACUUUUCCACUGAAAGCAUGAAGCUGUUACAUGGUAUAAUAAUGUCUCAAAAAAACACUCCGUCACAUCAGCCUGGAAAUUGUUCUCCGACACAGGGAUCAAAGUGAAACUUAACAGGAGUCGUUCCGUAUGUUGUUUUUUAAUCUUCGUGCCUAAAAAGAAGAAACAAGUUCCGCAGACUGUUGCACCAGCUGAACACCAGUUUGAGCUUCAAGCGUCACGGCAACAGUCGUGUGGAAAAAAAUCUGAACAUCCCACGGAAAUAUAUGAUUUUUCUCUUCAUAUAGGAAAGAGUAAACAUUUUUUCCUCUUUGAUUCAGCGCCUAUGAAGGUGAUGUACUUUAUAUAUUUUAAAUAAUUUGCAUAACAAAUAUGAAUCGGUGUUAUGAUCCUCACUUGGCCUCAGAUGCUCGUUCUGAUCCCUCUUACAGAAAUAACUUUGUGUGUUUUUAUUCAUGGAAGAUGCCUUCAGUUGCAACAUGUCAGAUGCCCCUUCUUGCAUCAAAAUAUGUCAAUGGGAUUCAGAUCUGGCCUUAAAUUAUGAAAAUGUUGUUGAAAAACUCGUUUAUUUGCCUAUAUCCGCUUUAUCAUCGGGCGCUGAAUCAACAAGGUGAAAUUUGUUGGAAAAAAGUCAAUAAUUUUGUAUUGGGUGUUCUUCAUUUUUCACAACCGUUUGUCAGUCUUUUACAAAAUCAACACCAAUCCUAAACAAUACUACAGUUUGGGUUUUUUUAGUGCAAAAACUGCCGUUUCCUUUGAAGCACCAUUCAAAUGAAAUGGGAGCGGGAAAAAACACUACUAACGUAAUGUACAGUAUCCUGUCGCAAUGUGAACUGGCUUUAUGAUGCUUCACGCAUUUGCCCCCGACUAAUAUACUUUGGACGAGGACGGCCGUACGGCAAGCGGGUGUGGUCAUGAACUGAACAAAUGUCGUCAUCUUUAACAAAGACGAACAAAAGUCUCUGGGGGGAAAGAAAAUCAAUUCCAAUGCUGCGUUCACACCAACGUGAAUGGGAUCUUCGCGUCAACUCGCUAAAGCUUUUUGUCACAAAACCUAAAUAUGAACAAAAGUGAAUGAAAAAAAAUUCUGUUACAAAAUACCAAGUUUGCACGUCAGUGUCAUAGAUGUAAAGCGAAGUCUGUUACAAACGUUGUGCUCCUCUUGUAAAUAUGAAAGAAUCUCGUCCAAUGGUUUUAUCCAUGGAGAAAACCCAGCAAUUUGUUUUAUUCUAACGGAAAAAAAGGCAGAGGAGACGCGAAGAAAAUCCAAUCUUUUUUUAUUUGUGAUACGAUACAGUCGUCUACAACAUAUUAAACCAUCGCACCUCCGUCACCUCCGUUGCAGGUGUGUGUGUGUUAGAAACUCCAGCUAGUGCAAACACUGAGCCGAAGCCGCCGCGUUGAAUCACUAAUGUAUUGAUUUUAUUUUGAAAAGGGGGCAACGCUCACAUUCACGUUUGCAUGCAGUUGUAAUAAUAACAUCCACCGGCUGCAGCUCGGUACUCGUCAUCUCGUCGUAGGAAGCAGCAGAAGAAGAAGAAGCCGUCCGACUUUGUGUGACUGUGAAUGCCUCAGUGUUCCUGUAAAGUUGUGGCGUGUUGCCAUGGUACUUUUUUUUUUCUUUUUUUAAGCCACUGCCUCCUUUUUGAUUUUUACCUCAGUUGAACGUUUUGUGAAACAAAUCUUGUGCAGAUGAACACAUUGGCCCAGCAACAACAAAAAAAAUGUAAAUGUUCUGCCUGGUUACAAGUGUGAUUUUGAAGAUAAGAUUAAGAUAAAAAAGUAUUUAAUGCUAGUCGUGAUAACAUGGGCAGUUUAGUUUCCCAGCGUAGUAAAACAAAAUGUUGAACUGAGGGGAAAUUAAUCCUCCUAUGAAAACAUGGGAGCUCUUAUUUUGUUGGACUAAAAAAAAAAAACCAAAAUGCUAAAUACACUGUUUGCAUGCAAUGUACUAACAGAACAAUCAUUACUAUGCGAAUAUCCGUUGUCUCCUUUUUUCCAUCUACAUAUUAUGUAAAGCUCUUUAUUUUUUGCAAAACUAAUGGGCCAAAUAUCUGAUGUCAACAGUAAUAUUAGGUCAGUUCUCUUCUCGUGCUUUGAAGCUUUAAAAUGCAUUCCAAAUUUUAUUUUCCUUUUUGUGUUGAAGCAUUUAAAAGCCAAAGUUUUUGUCGUCAUUCUGUUUUGUUUUGUUUUCCGAGAAUAUUCGUGUCGCAUCCAGUGGAAAUUGCCUUCAGCUUUCAGCUCCUCAUUCCGAAUGCAGUAAACUUCCUCGCUGACCAGUAUUUGUAUAUAUUUCUUGCUCGUGUAAGAUAGUAAGAUAGAUUGUGCUGUUUACUGUAACUCAUUCCAGUGCGGUGUGGCUGUGCAAGUCUUUUCCUGGGGGGGGGGGGGGGUCUGUAGAUGUCUAGAAAGUUGGCGGCAUGCUUAAAUGUUUUUCUAUCUCUAGUCUUAAUUAUUCGUGGACGGACGCUCGCAAACGUGUACGCAGCGCCUGCAGGAAGCGUCGAGUCGAAACCGCUUGAAUUAAAACUUUCUUCAGUCAACAAUAUAUAUAUAUAUAUAUAUAUAUAUAUGUGUGUAAAAUAACCACUACUUAAUGUGACAUUUAUUCAUAUCAAAACCAACAAAGCCGUGGUAGAGGACGUGUCGCCCCCUUGUGCUGAAAUCGAUUGUACAGUUGUGAACGUCGGUGAUAAUGUAGGUAAAUGUGUAUUUAGCGGGUUUAUGAAAGACCUGACAACACUAAACGCUUGUGGCCACAGUAGCUGUGGGGCUUGUAACGCACCUCAAUGAACAAUCUGUGGAUAGAAAUGAACUUUAUCAUCAACCACAUGACAGAAAUGUCUAAGAAAAACACUCAAUAAAAUUAAAACAAAUAAUUAGCACUUUGUGUAAACAAGUUGAUAGAUGAUGCUAGCGAUGUUCCGAUCAUUUUAUUUCUCUCCCUGAUACCAACACCUGGACUUAACUUCGCUCCAAAUUAACAGUUGCUCUGUGCCGACACGGUUUAAAGAGCAGCGAAGAAGAAGUGAUGUCCGGUAGCGUAGCGUUAGCGUAGCAUUAGCGAAAGCUAGCGGCAACUUUCAGCAAUUUGGCGAUAUGUCACGCUGGAUUGUGCCGUUUUAUUUGGUUGGAACUACUUUAAAGACGUUGGCAUCAGAUCGGAACAUCUCUAGAUGAUGCAAACUUAUAUUUUCUGUGACGUUUUUCACCGUGUGUUAACACUACCAUGCAGCUUUAACGUGCCUAAUAUGUGAUGUUAACACGCUGGCGUUCACGUCGUAUAAUUCUAAAGCGCAACAAGCCGCCGACUUGUUGUUCCGAGUGCGAGUUACUUGGAAUUCUUCCAAUACGGACAUGUCAACAUGCUACCAGGUACAUCAAAAUAAGGUCCAGUCGUAACACGAUUCAUUCGGCCGGUCGUUGAACCAUAACAACAAAAUAAGCUAAUUUAGGCUGUUUAUCGGACUGCGGCUGAACACAUGAGACAGAAACUCCCUGCGACGGAAUAUCGGACGUUUUUUUCCUGUACGCGCAUUGAAAUGUUUUGCAAGAGGAAGCCUGAACGUGUUUUGGGGCGUGGUCACAAAUGUUGCCCCCGUAACCACGCCCACCAGUGAUAUCACAGAGUUACAGGCCACGCCCUGAACUGCACUCAGUGAGAAGAAGUUAGCAAAAACAAGAUCUCCAUCGGCUGCGUAGUGUCUGUAUAAUACGCGACACUUGUAUUUACAUUGAGUGUCUUUACAUAUCAUGCUAGCAUGUAGCAUGUUAGCAUGAUGAGUUGGCUAUAAUGUCAACGAACGGUUGAGUGACGGGAGCGCUGUUGUUUGUUUUGGGGGGGGCGUCCUCAUUCAAUGGAAGUUUUGGUUGUGGAAGUUUUGAAUUUAUUAUCACUAUAUGAACACUAAAUAAAAUAAUUUAUAAAUUCAAACACUCCACAUUAAUAAACACAAACUAUAAAACGCCUUUACAUUUUCUUAGAAUUUGCUGUAGGUGGCGCUAAAAUCAGAGUCAUUGUGAUUCGUCUGUCGGAGACUGAGGAAUGUUUGUUCCUGCCACAUUGUGUUGGUGAAAUGUGGAAAAUCUUUUUCACUCAUUUUUUAUAAAUGACUGACAUGAUUGUACAGCCCAUCACCGUUUUCCUCUCAUUUUCCAUUUUACACUCUGGUCUACACAUAUAAUCAAGUCAUUAUUACCGUGAAUUUAAGCUCUAACUUCUUUCAAACUGUCUCUCCAUCGCGGCUUAAUAAAACUUAUCUACCCUGAACACUUACAUUUAUAAACCUUCUACCUUCUGACUGAAGAAAAUCUUAAUCCGGGGCAUUUCGACGCAGUCGUGCGGACGCCGUGCACUCGUCUCCCAGGCGCGUCUUUUCUUUAGACGUCCGAGUCUUUUCUGUCACUUCCUGUUUGUUCUCUCCUUUGUCGGCAUGUAUUUUUCCACGUGCUCACCAAAAAGACAAACCCAUCCUGUAUGAUACCGAAAAACCUUUUCACUGCUGGUCACUUUUCUCCCGUCCGGUGACUCGUUUAAUGCUGUUGUAGAAAUUGUGAUGUGUAAACUAUAAGUUAUGAACGAUUUUCCGGUUUUGGACCCGAGCUCGCGCGCCAAACGUUUUGGCGACUGGGGUGAAAACGCGCUGCGACGUUCACUCACUCCGCUCGCGACGAGUCUUAACGCGCGCUCUCGGCGUGCUUUUCGAUGGUAAAUAGUUGUGUUAUGUGAGAAUUGUUUGGUAUGUUAUGUUGUAAAAACCUGCACUAUGUCUUGCGUAUCGGAGACAACAAAAUGCCCUGUGAUAUUCUUGUUUUUUUUUGUUUUUUUUUCUUUCCGUUCAUCUCUGAACGACCUCGGCCUCCUUGUUUGUUUAACGUCCUUCAAAACUGGAAUGUUGUACAUUUAGUGCCUUAUACAUUUCAUCAGCUAACUUGAACAUCUGCUCAAAAUAGAAAAAGAUUAGAUUCAUUUAUUUUCCUUUUAUUUUGUAUGUAUUUUUUAUACACAAUAUCGCCUCAGUAUCCACUGUUCAAAUUUUAUAUAAAACCUAUUCCUGGCCAAUCA